AAGGAAAAAAGUUGAAUGGAGAUAAUUUUAAAUUAUGCUGUAUUGCUUGCUUUGUUUUUCAGCCAUUCUUAUGUUGGCCCAGAUUACAGCGUACAAAAAAACACUGGAAAAAUUGCUCUAGAGCACAUCGAUGCUCUUUCUGUGAAAUCAUUCCCUCUUUGCAUGCGCCAGUUGCACAAAGUCCUACGUGAGAACCAUCACCUUCGUCAUGGAGGCCGUAUGCAAUAUGGACUUUUCUUAAAAGGCAUUGGUUUGACUCUAGAACAGGCACUAGAAUUUUGGAAGAAAGAAUUUAUCAAAGGAAAAGUGGAUGCAGACAAGUUUGACAAAGGAUAUGCGUACAGCAUUCGCCACAACUAUGGGAAAGAAGGAAAGAGAACUGACUAUACCCCAUACAGCUGCAUGAAGAUUAUCAUGUCCAAUCCACCAAGUCAAGGGGAUUAUCAUGGAUGCCCAUUCCGCCACAGCGAUCCUGAGCUACUGAAGCAGAAGCUGCAGUCAUACAAGGUUCCUCCCAGUGGAGUAACUCAGAUCCUGGAAUUGGUGAAGGGCAUGCAUUACCAGCUGGCCUGUCAGAAGUACUUUGAAUUGACACAUGAUGUAAGUAGCUAGUAGUAAUUUUUGUUAAACUGUAACCAUUGACUUUGUUUUGAAGAAGGCCUUGAAAAUUGUGUAUGAAAUCCUGAGACUAUUUGCAAUUUUUAUGUCCAACGCUGGCUAUCUUGUGUUUUAUUUUUCAUUUUAAUAAUUGCUUUCGUAAUUCCCUUCAUUUAUAUAUUGAUGAUAUACACAUCGUGAACAU